UCGCAAACGACGUCGUCAUUUCGUCGCCGCUUCCUUCCCUCCUUCCUCACUCUCGCCCGUACACCUCACCGCCGCUCAUCUCUCCACCUCCAAUCAAUUAGGAUUUCACCUAAUCGAAAAUGCCCUCUGCAAAACCCUAGCCCCUCUCCCCCCCCCUCCCCUUUCAAAUUCCUAUCAAUACUCGUAAUCAAAAUCCGCACAUGGCUACCAACGCCGGCGACGCGCCAGCGGCGGCGGGGGGUUCGGAUUCGGUUCCGGCGCCGACGCCGCUGCUGAAUUCGAACUCGCCGCCGCCGUUCCUGAGCAAGACGUAUGACAUGGUGGACGACCCGGCCACCGACCCGAUAGUGUCGUGGAGCGCCACCAACAACAGCUUCGUGGUUUGGAACCCGCCGGAGUUCGCCAGAGACCUUUUGCCCAAGUAUUUCAAGCAUAACAACUUCUCCAGUUUCGUCAGGCAGCUCAACACUUAUGGUUUUAGGAAAGUUGAUCCUGACCGCUGGGAAUUUGCAAACGAGGGCUUUCUGAGGGGUCAAAAACAUCUUCUGAAGAGUAUUAACCGGCGAAAACCUGCCCAUGGACAUAGUCAUCAACUGCCACAGCAACCAUCACAUGGACAGAAUUCAGUGGCUGCAUGUGUAGAGGUUGGGAAGUUUGGUCUCGAGGAAGAGGUUGAGAUUCUCAAAAGGGACAAGAAUGUGCUUAUGCAGGAACUUAUCAGGCUGAGGCAGCAGCAACAGUCUACUGAUAAUCAGCUGCAAACAAUGGUCCAACGUCUUCAAGGUAUGGAGCAGCGGCAGCAACAGAUGAUGUCAUUCCUUGCAAAAGCCAUGCAGAGCCCUGGUUUCUUGAAUCAGUUUGUACAGCAGCAAAAUGAGAGCAGUAGGCGCAUAACUGAAGCCAAUAAGAAAAGGAGACUCAGACAGGAAGGAAUUGCUGAGAAUGAGCGUUCUGAUACUCCUGAUGGACAGAUUGUUAAGUAUCAGCCUCCGAUGAAUGAAGCAGCAAAGGCAAUGCUCAGGCAGAUAAUGAAACCAAAUACUUCUUCCCACCUGGAUUCUUUUAGCAACCAUCUUGAGAAUUUUUUGAUUGGUGAGGGUACAUCAUCAUCCAGUGCAGUAGAAAGUGGGAGCACUUCAAGCCAUGCGUCAGGAGCUACACUUCAAGAGGUCCUGCCUACUUCCGGGCAUGGGCCUUUUCCUGCAUUUUCAGAAAUAGAAUCUUCUCUUAAGGCUACACACUCUGGAGAAGUUGUAACAGGUCCAAUCUCGGAUAUAAAUGUGCUCGUUGGAGCACAAGAGGUGCCAGCAAUACCUAUGUCACAGACAGAUGUAAUCCCUGAGGUUUCUCAGGUACAAGGUAUGGCACAUGGAGGUAUAAUAAGUAUUCCUGAAGGAAACACAACACCCGAGGCAGGUGUUGGAUUCACUCAAGAUGUGGCCCCUGAAGGUGGUGAUGGAUUUACUGACUCACCAUUUGAUUUUAUGUCCCUGGAUGUUGAUAGUAUUCCUCCUGAUGCUGACAUUGACGCAUUACUUGACAAUCCCAACUUGUGGGACUUUCUUGAACAAAAUCCUGUGCCAGAUGAAAUGGAUUCAACCUCUGCGGAAGGCAUGCCUGUUGGAAAUGAAGUGCAGCCGACAGAGAAGGGAUGGGUUAAAACCCAGCACAUGGAUAAGCUUACUGAACAAAUGGGAAAUCUAAAAUCAAAUUCGAAAGGGGUCUGAUCGUGUUUACUGAUUUACAUUAGCUACACAAAUUGUCCGAGGUAAAACCCGCAGACACAUAGUAGAUCAUAUCAAUCACUUGGUCCCUCUUAUAAUGGCCAUCGGAAAAUCAGCUAUGCCUUCUGUUUCUUCUUCCUGGCUUUAUUGUGCACAUAUGGGAUGUAAGUUUCUGUUGUCAUUUCCCUUUUAGUCUGUAGUCAUCAUUAGUAGUCAGUGUUGAAUGAAGGCAGCGGGCAUGGCUGUUUUAGAGGCUAAAACUUUUGAUCUUUAAUCUUUGUUGUACAGGUUGAUGUCCUACUCUAGGUAGAGUCAGACACAACCUUUGUUACAAAAGAAUUUCUCCCAAGGGAGGCUUGUUUCUUGACAGUUCAUGAUUGUUCCUUCAGUAGACUUUUUUUUGGGGUGACAAUUCCUUCAGUAGACUUUGAUUGUACUAACAUCCUUUUAUUACAGCCUUUGCGUUUAAAAAU